AUGAUAAGAGCAUCCAUCUCAAAUAAUCCAUCCGAUAACGAGAUUGUCAAUGCGGUUUCCUCAAUAAAGAACCUUCAAUCUGGAUACCCUAUACAGGAUCAGCUUGAAUCAAAUUCUGUUCUCACUCAGCAUUCAAAGAACAUAAUCGAUGAAGUUUUCUCCAAAAAGACAGUGAAGUUUUCGCCCCGGUUGUUGAAACAACUUUUGCUUCUAAACUUACCGACAGAAUUGAAUCUCAAAAUUAUCAAUGAAUACUACAAAGUCAACUCGGAAUCCAAAACAAUUAUAAACAAACUGAUUGCACUUAUCCCUCUUAGGAAUGCGUUGUACAAUGCCGACUUUCAUAGAGCCAUCAAGAUCUCGGAUGUCACUGUAGGGCACCCAAACUAUAUCUCCCAUCAAGGGGCCAUUCUUAAAAGUGGAAUCAUCAAGCUUAUUUCCACUGCAGCUGCAGUAACAAUCUUUACCAAAUUUGGAGUGACGUCUUUGAUUGAUGCAGGUGUAUUACCUGCCUCGUGGGACCAUCUUGGUGCCAUAAAUUCGAUUCUAUUGACAUAUAUUAUAAACUCCAGCUUUUUUGUAACUAUUGUCAAAUUUGGACGCCAGCUCAUCAGUUCAGGGGGAGAUUUCUUAACGUGGCAACGAGGAACAUUUUAUUCGCACUGGUUUAAACACGCUGAUGAAAUGCUAUUCAAUUCAAAAAUCGUUGAGGCUGAUCGUGACUUGAACAAUGGAGAAUCCAAUCCGGCAAUUACUGAUGAGAUUUGCCGACCUGCGCCAGAGAUACGUAGUAAUACGGACACGUUGAACCCUGGGUACGAUCGCGAGGGCCACAAGAUAAGGUUGAUGCAACUCAAGGAUGAUUUAGAGAAAUUGAAAUUUCAAGCUUAUUGGAUGACAGGUGGUGAUGGUUUUGAAUGGGUAGAGCCCGACCAGGACCCAGCCGAGAUACAAUGGAGGGAACACUUGGAAAAGUACAAUAAACCUGCUUUGGAAAAAGCCGAGAAAGAUGCAUUGAAAUGGGCAGAUGAUUUGAUAAAGGAAAGCUCGUAA